AUGGCUGCCCGAAGUUCUCUGGGCAUACUUUUUAUUUUGAGAAAUCACAUUAAGUUUGUUUCCAUAGGGGCUUUCCGAAGUGUGUGCAAGAAAAUCGAUCACUUCCCUGAAGAUGCUGACUAUAAGCAGGAUACGGCUGAGAAUCUCCUACGGGCUGUGAGGGCUUCCAGUGUCUUCCCCAUCCUCAGCGUCACACUGCUGUUCUUCAGCGGGCUCUGUGUGGCAGCCAGCGAGUUCCACCGCAGCAGACACAAUGUCAUUCUCAGCGUGGGCAUCUUUUUUGUCUCUGCAGGGUUAAGCAACAUCAUCGGCAUCAUAGUUUAUGUAUCAGCCAACGCUGGGGAUCCUGGGCAGCAUGAUUCCAAAAAAAGUUACUCCUAUGGCUGGUCCUUUUAUUUCGGAGCCUUUUCUUUCAUCAUUGCGGAGAUUGUAGGAGUGGUUGCCGUGCACAUCUACAUUGAAAAACAUCAACAGUUACAUGCCAAAUCCCACUCGGAGUUCCUGAAGAAAUCUACUUUUGCCUGCCUCCCGCCCUACAGGUAUAGAUUCCGGAGGCAGUCAUGUUCUCGGUCCACGGAGCCCAGAUCCCGAGACCUGUCCCCCAUCAGCAAAGGCUUCCACACCAUCCCUUCCACUGACAUCUCCAUGUUCACCCUCUCCCGGGACCCCUCAAAGAUCACCAUGGGGACCCUCCUCAACUCUGACCGGGACCACGCUUUUCUACAGUUCCACAAUUCCACGCCCAAAGAGUUCAAAGAGUCGCUGCAUAAUAAUCCGGCCAACAGGCGUACCACGCCCGUCUGAACUGACCUCUGGCCUCUGCCCCACGCCCAGCACAGCCUUGGGGGAAGUGCACAGAGGUGUCUCUGAGGUUGCAUGGCAUGGUCCUCGUGAUGGUAUUACUUUUUACAAAGAAUGAAACCAAAUGGACUCAGCCCUCUCCCACAUUUGCCUGUCCACCUCCAAGUCCCCAGCCCGCCCGCCCUCACUCACUUUUCAAGCCAAUCUUUAAGGUCAUUCCUCUCUCUGUGUCUGUGCCAGAUGUUUUCCUCUCUUCCUUCUUUACUGGAAGGACCUUCACAUUCUUCCCUCCUUGGAAGAGGACUUUACUAAAAGUCGUGGGUGGUGGCCAGAGGGGGGAUUUCUGAAUCCCCAUCAGGCGCGUUCAUAGCUGUCCCCAUUGUCUACCCACACAGAUCCUCAGGAAACCAACCACCCAGGUGGCCCUGAGGGAGGCAUUCACCUUUCCGUGUUAGAAAAACAUGACCAGAAAUCAAAGAUGUCAGAGCCCCGAAGCAGCUACUGUAAUAAGCACUCAUGUUAUUAAAGGUUUUGCCUUGUCAUAAAAAAAAAAAAAAAAAACGAAAUCACAUUAAUAUUGCUUACAAUAGGCUCGGUGCCUGUAGCACAGUGGUUGCAGCACUGGCCACAUGUACCGAGGCUGGCGGGUUCGAACCCAGCCUGGGCCUAGUAAAUAUUGCUUACAAUAGAAGCAUUGGGAACAUAGGAGUUAGCCAGAUGCAGUGGCUCACAUCUGUAAUUCUGCUCUGGGAGGCUGAGGCGCGAGGAUCACUUGAGCUUGGGAGUUUGAGACUCAUCUGAGCAAGAGUGAGACCCUGUCUCAAAGAAAGAAAGAAAGAAAAGACUAGAAAGGGAGAAUGUAGGAGAUUUAUUUUAGUCAGGGCUCUGCUGCUCAUUUGCUGUGAGAAGUCACUUACCCUCUGAACUUUGGUUUUAUUCAUUGAUAAAAUGGGCAGAAUGAUACCUGCUCUGCUUACCUCACAGGGUGGUUGUAAAAAUCCACGGAGAUGGCUGGAAGUAAAAUUCUUUAUAAAUUAGAUGAACAAGUGUAUUAUUUACAGCUGAUGGUAGCGUGACAGGAUGAGUGCUAUGAAGCUCCACCACUCAGCGUCAAUAGAGUUUAUUGUUGAUAGUAUCCCCCAAAAAAGUGUCUUUCAGUUCCCUUGUUCUUUUAAAUUUUGAAGAAGCUUCUAUCAGGUUCAGAAAAGGAAUCUUAUCGCAUUUAUGAAGAAGCCAGUUAUUGAAACUUUUGGUAGAUUUUAACUGUAGGCACACAUGUGCUUGCAAGGAUAACUAGCUAAGGAAUGCUAUUUUGAAAGAGAAAAGCUGUUCUUUGACCCUUUUCUUUGGGACCGUUUGGGAAGGAGAAUGA